AUGGCUUCAGAAAAUAGCACCGCGUCGGGCGAUUUCGGCAACUCGCAGAUGGUGGUAAAAAGUGCGAAUGUAGGGGGUAACAGCAAGGCUGUAGCGGUGGUCAAUGGAACCGCUGCGAAUGGCGCGCUCAUCCAAACGGUGCCGCGAACGACGGGUCUACAGGCUCCUGUUAUGGAGUUGAGUGGGCAUUCCGGAGAGGUCUUCUGUGCAAAGUUCGAUCCGAAUGGAAACUAUAUUGCCUCUGGAUCGAUGGAUCGUACAAUCAUGCUUUGGAGAACAUUUGGCAAUUGCGAAAACUACGGCACUUUGACAGGUCACAAGGGCGCGAUUUUGGAUCUGCAUUGGUCGCGGGAUUCAAGAGUGCUGUUCUCAGCUUCGGCAGACAUGCACUUGGCCAGUUGGGAUCUGGAGACUGGAAUGAGGAUACGGAGGCAUGUUGGGCACGAGGAGAUCAUCAACACCAUGGACAUCAGCAAGAGAGGAGAGGAACUGCUCAUUAGUGGAUCGGAUGACGGAUACAUUGGAAUCUGGGACCCUCGGACAAAGUCAGCGGUCGAUUUUAUCGAGACGGAGUUCCCUAUCACAGCCGUGGCACUGUCGGAAGCUGGAAACGAGCUCUACUCAGGAGGCAUCGACAAUGAUAUCAAGGUCUGGGAUAUGAGAAAAAAAGCUGUCGUCUACUCUAUGCUUGGCCAUACCGAUACCAUCUCUUCUCUUAGAAUCUCACCGGACUCUCAGUUGCUACUAUCGAACUCGAUGGAUUCAACAGUGCGGACCUGGGACAUCCGACCAUUUGCGCCUACAGAACGACACAUUCGAACCUUUGAUGGGGCACCUUCUGGUAUGGAAAAGAAUCUCAUUUCGGCCAGCUGGAACCACGACGGAAAGAGAAUCGCGGCGGGUGCUGGUGAUGGGACUGUUGUUGUGUGGAAUAGCGAGAAUGGGAAGCUUCUGUACAAGCUGCCUGGUCACAAGGGAACGGUCAACUGCGCUGAACUCUCUCCUUCGUCUGAUCCUAUCAUCCUCUCUGGCUCCUCUGAUCGAAACCUGCUCUUGGGGGAGUUGAAGUGA